AUGUGGGCGGCGACUCCGCAGCAUCACACGACGGUGCGGAUGUGUGUUCUCCGCUCGGCUCGUCCGUCUAGCAACGCCUUGACGCUCAACCGCUACGACAUCGGCUUCCACCGGAACGACGAGCAUGCAUCCGGCUGCUGCCAAGACAAUUCCCUUCCGGUCGCCCAAGAACCCCUUACCGGCACAAAGAGAAGUGUCAGCCCCCGCACCUCCUGA